GAUCGCCGCUGGAGUAACAAGAUCGUCGCAAUGGAUAUUUAAGGUAUAUGUUUUACACGUUUAAGUGUCUAAACAUGUUUUUUAAAUGUAUUUAGGAUGGCCCACAUCAUCACCGAAGAGGGUAACUGGACAACGAAGUACGCCGUUGGAGCCACCAGGAUCGUCGCUCAAAAUUGUCACGAGGGCGCCAUCAUCGCCGAGGAGGACCAUUGGACAACGUGUUUCGCCGUCGGGUUCACCAGGAUAAUCGCCCAAAAUGGAGGGCCGCACCAUCAUAAGAGACGAUGCUGGACAUCGAGAUUCGACGCUGUAGCAACGACAUUGUCGGCAUGGGGCUUCACCACCACCAAAAAGGACGCUGGAGCAUCGAUAUCGUCGCCGUGGAUGUUUCAGGAGGGUUCCAUCAUCGCCGAAGAGGAUUACUAG